AUGAGCUCAUUAAAACUUAAUAUUGAUUUAUCGCCCAAAGAAGAUGUUGCAAUUCAAUUACCAAUUAUUGAAGAAUCAAAAUCAUCGGCAACCAUCGUAAAUGAGGAUUUGGCUAUCGUUGGUAUUGCAUGUCGUUUCCCAGGUGGCAGCAAUUCAAUUGAUGAAUUUUGGUCGAACUUAGUUGGACAACAAGAUUGUGUUCGCCCAGUUCCCAAUGAUCGUUGGAAUGCCGAUUUUUAUACGGACUCGUCAUCAAAUGAACUAUUUUUACCAGCUAAAAUACCAUCAGCUCGUUGUGGUUGGAUUGAUUUUGUUGGUGAAUUCGAUUGUGAAUCAUUUUCAAUUAGCAAACGUGAAGCUGAAAAUAUGGAUCCACAGCAACAACUUUUAUUGGAAGUAACUCUACAAGCACUUGAAGAUAGUGGAAUGCAGUAUGCAGGUUCAAAAACCGGUGUUUAUGUUGGCAUUGGACAAGCUGAGCAGUACGAGCUGACCACAGCUGAUUUAGAAAGUAUUAAUCCAUAUAGUGUCACCGGAUCAGCAUUAUCCUUAGCAUCAAAUCGUUUAAGUUAUUGUUUUGAUUUGCGAGGACCAUCGAUGUCUGUUGAUACUGCUUGUUCAUCCAGUUUGACUGCAUUUCAUUUAGCUUGUCAAGCUAUUCGAGAUGGAACGUGCUCGGCAGCUAUUGUAGCUGGUGUUAACAUAAUAAUGAAUCCGUCGACUUUCAUACAAUUUUCACAAUUAGGUGUUCUGUCACCCGAUGGCAUGUGCCAGUCGUUCAGUAACAAAGCAAAUGGAUAUGUUCGAUCAGAAGGCUGUGGGGUUGUUAUUAUUAAACCAUUGAAACAAGCUUUGAUUGAUAAUGAUCAUAUUUAUUGUCGUGUCAGAGGUUCGGCAAUUAAUCAAGAUGGUCAUAUAUCUCCAUCGUUAACAAUGCCAAGUUCACAGGCACAAGUCGAAGUUUUUCAAAUGGCUUGUAAAAAUGGAAAAGUUAAUCCAACAGAAAUAUUCUUUGCUGAAGCACAUGCAACAGGCACGAAAGUUGGCGAUCCAACUGAAGCGAAUGCCAUUGGAACAGUUUUUGGACGACAAGAAUCUUAUCUACGCAUAGGUUCAGUGAAAUCAAAUGUUGGCCAUUUAGAAACAGCAAGUUUUAUGGCUGGUCUAUUGAAAUGUAUUCUGAUGCUUGAACAUCAACAAUUAAUACCAAAUAUACAUUUUAAGAAAGGUGAAGGUAAUCCAGAUAUCAAAUUCGAACAAUAUAAAUUGUCGGUUCAAACAGAAAUCGAAAAAUUUCAAAAUCAAGAAGAAUUGAUGAUGAUUUCAAGUUUUGGUUUUGGUGGUGCUAAUGGUUGUGUAAUUAUUCAAGGAUAUAAACGGUCCUCAGAACAAUCACUGGCAUCUUCUUCAUCUUCACCACAACUAUUUCUUGUCUCUGCGUCAACACCGCAGGCUCUAGAAGUUCGAAUUCAAGAACUUAAGUUAUCAACAAAAAUAUUUCAUUCGCCAACUGCAAUUUCAUAUACGCUUUAUAACCGUUCAUUACAUCGUCUUACUGCAUUUGCCAUCGAUGAAAAGCUCGAUGAAAACACAACAUUUACAUCCACUCGAAAACGUGUUGAUCAGUCACUAACUUGCAUUUGGGUGUUUGCUGGCCAGGGUCCACAACAUCCCAAAAUGGGCAAAACUCUCUAUGCAAAUAUUGAAAGUUUUCGCUGUUCAAUUGACGCAUCUGACUUAAUUUAUCGUGAGUGUUCUGGUCACAGUCUCAUUCAUGAUAUAGGAUUAUUCGGUUCAAUGAAUGGACCGAAUCCAAUGGCCGUCUAUGACAUAGCAUAUACAUUGCCUGCUCUCGUCUUUUUACAAAUCGGGCUUGUUGAUAUGUAUCGACAUCUAGGUGUUCCAUGUGCGGCAGUAUUUGGACAUUCCUUUGGUGAAAUGGCAGCAGCCUAUGCUGCAAAUAUUUUCACGAGACAACACUGUAUUCAAACAGCAUAUCAACGUGCUCGUAUCUUACGACAAAUGGAUGGACGCGGUGCUAUGUUAGCAGUUAGUUGUUCAAGUGAACAUGUUCAAUCCUUAUUAGAAACACAUGAACAAAUAUGGAUUGCAUCUUACAAUAGUCCAAAUUCAAUAACAUUAGGCGGUAUCAAAGAAUCAAUAACAAGCAUUUCAAAUGAAUUGUCGAAACAAGAUAUAUUUAAUCGAAUAUUGAAAAUAAACAGUGCAUUUCAUACCCCACUUAUGGCAUCGAUUCGUUCAGAAGCUCUAUCUUUGUUUAAAGAAACGCUGGCUGGAUUUUCAGCACCUACAAUUCCAUAUUUUAGUACGGUUAGUGGGCAAUGGAAAACUUUUGAUUUUGAUGAAAAUUAUACGGUCGAUGGAAUGGAAGGUCCAGUUUUAUUCGACGUAGCCGUUCGAGCAUGUUUAGAACGAUUUGGUACCGAUGCAGCAUCUUUUCUAGAAAUUUCAGCACAUCCUGUUCUGAGUUCAUAUUUGACUGAAAAUGGUUCAAAAUAUAAUUUAUGUACACUGCAUCGUCAACAAUCAGAAAUUGAAACAACAUUAAAAACUCUUACUAAUUUACGUAUCUAUGGAUACUCACCAGCACAAGCGAACAUUUCUAAACUAUAUUCUUCGAUGAUGCCUCAGUCACGGAUUCCACAUUAUUCACUUUAUCCAUUUCAACGUCAAUAUUGUGUUAAAGAAGAUCCAGCACAUCGGUUUCAACGUACAAUUCCGAGGUGGCAUAGUUUAGCGGGUCGUCCACUUGCUCAUCCACACACAACUUUUCAAACAAAGCUAUCGUCAAAGUCAUUUGUUUGGAUUCCAGAUCAUCGUGUACAGGGUCCAGCUGUAUUUCCUGCAGCUGGCUACAUUGAAAUUUGUAUGGAAGUAUUUAAUUGUAUGAGUUUAACAAAUGUUCAUAUUGAAAAAGCUUUGAUUAUACCAUCUGAUCCGAAUAUUUAUCGAACAGUGAGAAUAGUUCUUCAAAACAAUAAUCAAUCGCAAGUUUCAAUGUAUUCAAAAUUAAAUGAAUACGAUUCAGGUCAUUGGACAGAACACAUGAAGGCUUCAAAAGGUGACUCGGCUUCUUCUAUACAAUUGCCAGAAUGGUCAAACAAUUUAAAAUCACGUUGUUCUUUGACUGUCAUGGAACAAAAAGAUGUUUAUGGACGAUUUUCUAGUAUUGGCUUAGAUUACGGACCGUAUUUUCAAUGUAUACGAACUCUCCAUCAAGGUGAUAAAGAAGCAUAUGCACAUUUAAAUAUUUCUCAUUUACAAAAGUCAUUAACUAACUCAAAACAAUCACAGUUUCAUAUUCAUCCAGCAAUAUUAGAUAGUUCAUUCCAAGUUCUGUUAGGUACGCAAAGAUUUUUUCAUGCCGCGUACGUGCCAACGUUUAUUAAACAAAUUGAAUGGAGAAUUGAGACAAAUGAAUUGCCAAAUGAUUUAUAUGUGUAUGCUAAAGCAACAAAUUUGGACUCUAGAAACAUUUUAACAGGUGAUAUUUUCGUUGUUGAUGAACAACAACAACGUCUCAUUGGCACGAUUAUUGGUUUUGAGGCAACACAAUUAGGACAAUUGAAUCAACCACAACCACUCUAUUCUGUUUGUUAUCAAACUGUUGAAACACCAAUAAUAACAACAAUAACAAAAUCACAGUUAAAUAUACUAGAAAUACCAACAAUUAUUAAACAACAAGAAACUCUAUUUGAUAAUGCAUGUUCAGCAUACAUUGCUGAAUUCCUUGCCUCGAAUCCAUUUGAUUUGGAAACAAUUGAAAAAUGGCCCAUCCAUCGUCAACGCUAUUGGCAAUGGUUACAUUCAACAAUAGAAUCAAAAACAAUUUUACAUGAUUCGAUUGAAUUAAUUGAUCACCAUCAAAGUGAAGCACUUCAUUAUGAAGCACAAGCAAUUCAUCGUGUCGGGAAGAAUUUACAUCUUCUUCUUAGUGAUACUUUUGCUGUACAAAAUCUAUUUUUUGGUGACAACGAUUCAUUUAUGGCUGAUCUCUACUCAAAAUCAAUGACAUUUCAACCAUAUACUCAUAUUCUUGCUCAAAAACUCGUCGAUCAAUUUAAGAUGAUACAAGAGCAACAACCCACUGAGUCAUCACGUGUUUUCUCAAUUUUAGAAUUAGGCGCUGGUACUGGUGCUCUUACUGCCGUUAUUUUGGAGAAAUUAUAUCAACAAACAUCAAUUAUACAAGAAAAUCGAUUAAUUUAUGUUUUCACUGAUGUUAGUGGUAAAUUUCUGUUGGAUGCUAAAAAACGUUUCUCAACAAUCUAUCCAUGUAUUCAAUAUCAAUCGUGUAAUAUUGAUGUUGAUUUAUCAACACAGAAAUUAAACAUGUAUUCAUUUGAUGUUGUUUGUGCAUUUGAUGUUCUUCAUGUUGCACAAGAUUUAAAAUUGUGCUUGAAUCGCGUCCAGCAACUAUUAAAACCCAAUGGUUAUCUUCUGUGUAUUGAAUUAACUCGACCAUGGACAUGGAUUCAAUUCUUUUUUGGUUUAUUUGCUGGUUGGUGGAAUUUUUCAGAUAUAACUACAAGAUCAACAUGUUUUCUUGCCACUGGCAAAUGGAAUCAGUUGUUAACUGAAUCAGGAUUUCAAUAUGUUCAAAUUGAAAAUGAAGGACAUCCAGAAUUUGGUCAUUCACUAUUGACUGCAAGAUCUCCAGAUUGGACUACUACUAUCAGAACACUUUCUUCUAACAUUAUCAUAUUUGAUACAACUGAAGCUAGUUUAACAAAUUUUAAUUCAUACAUGGAACAACUGUUAGAAUUAGCUCAAUCAUUACUUACAGUAGCAGAGCCAGCAACUGUCUUUGUUAUUACUUUAAUAACCACUCCACCGAUUGGAGCAAUGUUUACUGGAUUUACUCGAGUUUGGGCUAAUGAAGCUACACAACAUGCAAUUUGUUCAAUUGAAUUUGAUUAUCUAGAAUUACAGGAAAAACAAAUGUGGUUAAAUCGUAUUCAAACAAUGGUCGAAAAUACAAGUGAACGAGAAUUUAUUAUUCGUCAACGUAAAAUUACUGUACCACGACAUAUUCGUCGAAUUUUAAGAAAUACAAUUACAACGGCAAUAACGACUACUGAUCAAGAAGCUUAUGUAUGUUCAAGUCAAUAUCAGAAACAACCAUUUCGUCUUGAAAUUGAUACCAUUGGCCAAUUACAAACAUUAAAAUAUUGUACAUUUCACCCUUGUUCUUCAUCACUGUCACCAGAUGAUGUUCAAGUAGAAGUACACGCAUCGGCAUUAAAUUUUAAAGAUUUGAUGUUAGCGUUGGGAAUGUUAGAAAAUCCAAUGGGUUUUGAUAGUGAAACAUUGAAGUAUCGCGAAAAUUCAGUAAAUCUUGGUCUAGAAUUCAGUGGCAUUGUCACUGGUCUCGGUUCAAUGGCUUCACAUACAUUUAAUAUUGGUGAUCCUGUAUUUGGUUUUGCUAAUCAUUGUUUUUCCUCACAAAUCAUAACACAUCAACAUUUCGUUGUUAAAAAGCCGUCACAUUUAUCUCAUACGGAUGCAGUCUCACUUCCCAUUGUAUUUGCAACAGUUUAUGCUGGAUUGAUUGUUAAAGCUCAACUAAAACGAGGCGAAACCGUACUCAUUCAUUCAGCUGCUGGGGGUAUUGGCCAGGCUGCCAUUCAAUUAUCUCAAUAUAUUGGUGCUAAUGUUAUUUGUACAGUUGGCUCCAAUGAAAAACGUGAAUUUUUAAAGAAAACUUAUGGAUGUACUCAAUUUGCAAAUUCUCAUUCAACCGAAGAAUGGAAAUCGGAUGUUCAAAAACUAACUAACGGCCAAGGAGCUGACGUCGUUUUAAAUUCGUUGAAAGGUGACGCAAUCAAAGCUGGUUUAGAAUGCCUGAAAACUGGCGGUCGUUUUAUUGAAAUUGGUAAGGUUGAUAUGUUGAAUCAUUCUAUAUUAGAUAUGAAUUUAUUAUUGCGUGAUUUGAGUUUCCUGAGUGUUCAACUUGACAUUUUAAUGCAGAGUCAAACAGAUAAAAUUCAGCAAUACUUACAAGCUGUUAUGAAGUUAGCGUCGGAAAAACAAAUUUCACCAAUAGUUGAUUGUAUUUAUGAAUUAAAAGAUACAGAAUUGGCGUUUCGUUUUUUGAUGUCUGGUCAACAUAAGGGAAAAUUAAUUUUAAACAUGCAAAGUAAACCGUCAAGCAUUCAUCCUUCGUCAACUAUCUACAAUCCAACAGUUUGUUACAUUCUAAGUGGUGGUACAGGAGCAUUGGGUCUUCAAUUGAUACAGCAUAUGAGCGCAAAAGGCGCUAGAAAGUUUAUCUUGUUAUCUCGUCAAGGUACAGCUAGUCUAAGACCGUCUGACGCUGCGAUGCUAGCUCGUCUUGAACGGUUCGAUAUUAAAAUUUACAUUGGCAAAGCUAAUGUAGCCAAACUAGAAGAUAUUCAUCGUGUCUUACAGGAAGCUCAAGAAAAAUUGUUUAUUUCAUCAUCUAAAUACAGUAUUCUUCAUUUGGCGAUGAUUCUUGAUGAUGCAUCCAUUUCAAAAUUGAAUAUUCAUCGUAUACAAAAUGUAAUACAAUGUAAAGUACAAGGUGCAAUUAAUUUACUUCAAGCGAUUCCUAAUGAUAAACUUGAAAAUGUAAUAUUCUUUUCCAGUGCUGCUUCAACGUUUGGUAAUCCAUCGCAAGCAAAUUAUAGUGCUGCAAAUACAUUUCUUGAUGUCUAUGCUGGCCAACUUUCAAGUCUAUUAAGAAAAAAAAUAAGAGUUCUAAAUUUGGGUCUUGUUGAAGAUGUUGGUAUUCUGGCUGAAGAUUGGAAAUUAAAACAAAUUCUAACCGCAAAAGGUUUUGCUGGUGGUUUAACAUCGUUGGGUGUUGCAGAACUUGUUGAUCAUGUAUUUUUAAAUGAUGAUAUUGAUCAUCAAUUGUUAUAUGGUAAUUUUCAAAUGGAAGAUUUAAUCCGUUCAUAUCCAAUGUUAAAAACUCGGCUAGAACAUUUAAUUGAUUAUACAAUAUUAAAUAACAACGGUAGUUCAGGUAUUUCAUCUAAUGGUAAUGAAGUAACUGUUCAAUCAGUGAGCGCCUAUAUUUCAACAUUAUUAGCAACAUCAAAUCUCGAUGCAACUGAAUCAUUGACUGUACAAGGUUUAGAUUCACUUUUGGCUGUUGAAUUAAGUGCUGGUUUAAAGAAACAAUUUGGACUAGUUAUCAGCCAAUUGGCACUGUUAGGUGGACUGUCUGUUAAACAAAUUGUAGAAUCAGCUUCUGCGUAA